AUGGCCGCCGGCUUUGGCCCCGCCCCGCCCGCGGAAGCGCAACCCCUGCCGCCGAUCCACCACCUUCCACCGGACGCGCUCCACAACGUGCUGCUCCGCCUGCAACUGCGCGACGCCGUCGUGUGCCGCCCCGUCUCGCGCCUCUUCCACGAGACCCUCUCGCCGCAGCUCCUCGCGCUAGCUGCUCCCCACCCUGCGCCUCCUCCUCCUCCGCCACCCACGCCCCGACGGCGGCGGCUGCAGGCGGAGGAGACAAGGGAGCUACGGACGAUAAACAAGUGGGGCGAGAUGAUGUACGAGAAGAUCAAGAAGCUGGAUAAGGAGCUGGCCAGGUACAAGGAGCAGAUCUACAAGACCCACCCGGCCCAUCCCAGGAGGUCGUCAAGGCCUAUUUUUUUUGUAAAAUGGAUUGUUAUGGCUACAAAACUAUUAGGAGCUUGUCACUUCCUUGCAAUGUAUGUUCACAACAAUAUUUUCUUUAGUUUUGCUGUCGACUCUGACUUUGAAGACAUUUCAAAGGACCACAAGCCAUAUUGCCAAAAUGGGUCUAGCAGAAGCACCAAGGUUUCCUCCCCAGAUGUGAUCACUAAGCCAGAUGCAAACCAUGGCAAAUCUGCUGAGGUAGUUGAUUCAAAAUCUGAAGAGGCACAACUCGCAGAUAGAGAGCAGGCGACAUAUGCUUCUGCAAACAAUGACUUAAAAGGAACUAAGGCUUAUCAAGAAGCUGAUGUUUCUGGCCUUCACAAUCUUGCGAUGGCAAUAGUUGAUUACAGAGGUCACAGGGUUGUAGCUCAGAGUAUAAUACCUGGUAUUCUUCAAGGAGACAAGUCUAAUUCCCUUCUGUAUGGUUCUGUUGAUAAUGGCAAGAAGAUAUCUUGGAACGAAACGUUCAAUUCUAAGGUUGUUGAGGCUGCAAAGCAGCUCCAUUUGAAGGAACAUGUGGUAUUGGAUGGUUCUGGCAAUCCUGUAAAAUUAGCUGCUACAGUCAAAUGCAAGGGUAUUGUUGGGAGUUGUUGGGAGACUGAUAUUAGACGUUUUGAGAAAUGUCUUAUUAAGAUUUGA